AUGUCAUAUCAGUCCAAUCCCACUUCCUCAAGCUCGAUUCGUUCAGUAACCGAAAGGAGUCAGGGUUCUGAGUCCGAAUCGGAGCAAAAGCGUUUAUCCCGGCAAUCUACCAAGAAGCAUCAACUACAAGAGCAAUCACAAGUGACCCAGGUGCUUCGAAAGCAGCUAAAAGCUGAACGGCAGCUCAUAUUAGCACUAGAGGAAGCAGUCACUGAUUUGGAAGCUCACGUUAAAGAGUUGUUAUCAGAGUGUCAACACUGGAAACAGAAAUCAGCUCAAUUACAGACCAAGGUCGAUGACUACAAAGAAAACGCUUUCACAGCACUCCAGCCUCAUUUCUGCCCUGUUGCAAUAUUGGCCACCUUCCUGAAGCGUCGAUUACCCGUGCCCACAAUUGGCUGCUUCGUAACCCCCUUGUAUAUCGGCAUCGCGCUCCCGUUGAUACCAUCGGCUACCCUCUCCGACGUUCAACAGCGAUAUCAGCUCAAGACUCUUGUUGGGGAACCUGACACAGCCAAUGCGGACAUCACCGGCCCCAAAAUCAGACGCGAAGUAGCUGGCGCCUCUUUUCUGAUCGGUCGAGUUGUCAACGACGAGAUCAUCGUCAGGAUAUAA